AUGGCGGUCGUACCCGCUGCCUUACCGGCAUUUCCUCCGUUUGACCUUUCUUCGGAUCACACUACUAUUGGGGACCGUUGGCAGCGCUGGAUAAAUCGAUUUGAAAGUCUACUCGUUGGUCUCAAUAUCACAAGUCCAGCCCAAAAGAAAGCAUUGCUUCUACAUUACAUUGGGGAUGACGGAUAUGACGUAUACACGUCGCUGGAGCCGCACCCAGGUACAGCCGUAACUCAAUCCUCCGAAGCAGAAACACGACCCGAUGCAGCCUCCACGGCAGAUGUUUACGUUACAGCUAAGAAAAAGCUCCACGAUCACUUCACGCCUAAGGUAAACAAAGACUACGAGAUCUUUCAGUUCCGACGGACAACGCAACAAGAAGACGAGAGCAUAGAUUCCUUCUAUACGCGUUUGCGCACAAUGGCUCGAAAUUGCUCGUUUGCAAACACUGAAGCAGAAAUCAAAUCUCAAAUUGUUCUCGGCACAACGUCCACAAAACUCCGACGCUUCGCACUACAGACGGAUGCAACACUUGACCAGCUUCUGACACAAGGCCGCACUUACGAAAUUACAACUCGACAAGUGAACGAUAUUGAGGCAUCCAUGUCUACAGAUGUGCAUCGUCUUACACGCAAGAAGUCUCAACGUAGCAACGCAUCUACUGACACGGGAACGUCAACGAGCACGCGUCAAGACAAGCAGUGUUUCAACUGUGGUGGUGCUUGGCCUUACAAAGGCGGAAAACAGUCUUGUCCAGCACGAAAUGCAACGUGCAAUGCGUGCCGGAAACGUGGCCAUUUCGCAGUCGUGUGCCGCAGUAAAAACAACACAAGCGAAGACCCAAAUGUCGUUCAUGAAGUUACAAACCAGAGUGCAGACAGCGAGUCCGAUGAUGAAGCCUUUGCACUGUUCCCGAAAAGAUCUAAAGCCAAGAGGGUGAUGCUCACUGUCUUCAACAAGGAGUUAGAAUUCAUCAUAGACACAGGCGCUACGGUGAACAUAAUUAGCCUUGACACGUACAAUAGCAUCCCGCAACGACCCCAACUUGUCAAGCCCGUGCCAAAGGUCUUUGCAUAUGGAUCGAAGAAUGACCUUCCGUUACUAGGAAAGUUCCGGGCACCAUUCUCUUACAAGACUUCGGUGGUGGAAGAUACCGUCCUUGUCACAGCAACGCCUAGUGAGUCAUUGCUUUGUUUUCGGUUGGCUGAAGCACUUGGGCUCAUAUCCAUUGCUUACAACGUGGCGACAAGCAAAGAAAACAUUCUAAGCAAGUACCCCAAACUGUUCACUGGCCUUGGAGAGUUAAGGGAAUUUGAAGUUCAGCUCCACAUCGACCCUACGGUUCCACCAGUCGCACAGAAAGCACGUCCUCUUCCAUUUCACAUUCGUGAAGCAGUAGAAAAGGAGAUCGACAGGCUGAUACAGCUAGAUGUUAUUGAAAAAGCCACGGGUCCAACAACGUGGGUGUCCCCCAUAGUCGUGGUUCCAAAGCCACACGCUCCUGACCAAGUGCGUCAGUGCGUUGACAUGCGCCGCGCUAACCAAGCUAUUAUACGAGAACGCCACACCUCACCUACACUAGAAGACCUCGUUACCUGCCUAAACGGUGCAAUGAUGUUCUCUAAACUAGACCUAAACGACGGCUAUCAUCAGCUGCUACUUAAGGAAGACUGUCGUCAUAUCACAACGUUCGCAACUCACAUGGGACUUUACAGGUACAAGCGGUUGAACUUCGAUAUAAACGCAGCCGCCGAACUUUUUCAAAAUACGGUUCGUCAAGUACUUGCGGGCAUUCCCGGCGUAAUAAACAUCAGCGACGACACCCUGGUAUAUGGCAAGACCGAAAGAGAACACAACGACUCCCUUGACGCUACCCUGAAACGCCUCACCGACUGUGGAAUCACACUGAGUCCAAAAAAAUGCAGCUUUUUCCAGCGUGAGCUAACAUUCUUCGGACAUAUCUUCUCAGAGAAAGGCAUCAAACCAGAUCCUGCUAAGGUACAAGGCUUCCUAAAUAUGCCACCUCCAAGAGAUGUGUCUGAGGUCAGAAGCCUUCUUGGAAUGAUCACUUACUGCAGCAGCAACCUGGCCUACUUCGACCAGAACAAAACCACCCAUAUCACAGUUGAUGCAGGUCCAAAGGGAUUAGGAGCCAUCCUCGCGCAGGAUGGUGGUGACAGAACUCGUGUAGUGGCAUAUGCCAGCCGUAGCCUUACAGAGGCAGAGGAACGCUACUCGCAAAUCGAGAAAGAAACUCUUGCUGCGGUCUGGGCCAUAGAGCACUUCAAUAUCUACCUCUACGGAACCUGUUUUGUGCUACACACUGACCACAAACCGCUUCAGUACAGCUUCACUGUACAACACCAGAAAGGAUCAGAAAAUCCUUCAGAUUACAUGUCCCGACAUCCUGUAGGGCAAACCAACCCAAGGUUUCGAACCAGCAAGGUACCUGACGAGUAUGUCUUAUUCCUGUCAAGCAUCGCAGUACCUCGUGCAAUAAACACCGAGGAAGUCAUUAAGGCAACAUUGGCCGAUGUCACGUGUCAAGAACUCACACAAGCAAUUCAAGCAUGCCCCUCUAUGAGACAUGAUCUGUGGAAUAAGCCGCACGUCAAACCCUACAAGCCUCUAGAGACUGAACUGUCUGUGACGCCACAAGGUCUCAUACUGCGAGGCACAAGGUUACUGCUCCCUUCAAGUCUUCAGGAACGUGCAGUUCAGCUUGCCCACAAAGGACACAUGGGCAUGGUGAAGACUAAACAACUGCUCCGCGAGUCCGUUUGGUUUCCCAAAAUGGAUACCCUCGUAGAAAAGGCAGUGCGCAAUUGCAUUCCAUGCCAAGCUGUCACACAUGGACCAAAACGCGAUCCUCUAAAGCCAACUCCACUGCCUGACGGGGCAUGGGAAAGCCUUGCGAUGGACUUUGCAGGCCCAUUUCCGAAUGGAAAGUACCUUCUGGUACUUGUAGACGAAUAUUCCCGUUUCCCGGUAGUGGAAGUCGUUCCGUCAACCGCAGCGUCAUCAACCAUAGCACUGCUAAGAAGAACUCUGUCACAAUUCGGCAUCCCGAAGCAAAUAAAAACUGACAACGGACCUCCUUUCAACUCCUCAGAGUUUAAAGUCUUCGCACAGGAACUCGGUUUCCGACACCACAGGGUUACUCCGUUGUGGCCUGAAGCGAAUGGAGAGGCAGAACGCUUCAUCCAAACACUCAUGAAAGCGAUUAAAACGCGCCAUGUGGAAGAGCAGAACUGGAUGCAGAAAAUACAUGACUUUCUGCUCUGCUACCGUGCUACUGCGCACACCACUACAAAGCUUUCGCCAUAUGAGCUUCUCUUUGGAAGGAAAAUGUUGACCACCUUGCCGAGUUCGGUACACCGUGAGACCACGGACACACACGACGCUACUCUCUCCAACGAUACAAGAGCAAAAGAAAUAUCGAAAGCACGAGCAGACGAAAAACGACAUACUAAGGAACACACUCUUCAAAAAGGAGAUGUUGUUUUGGUCAAACAAAAGAAGAUUAGUAAGUUGACGUCGACAUUUGACCCGGUGCCUUAUAUUGUCGUAGAAGUCAUAGGCAGUCAAAUUUCAGCAAAAAGAAAUAAUCAUAUCAUCACACGGAAUGCAAGCUUCUUCAAAAAACUUGGAGCGGAGUACAAGCACACACCUAACGUAGAAAAUAGCGACGAAGACGACGAACUGCUUGAUGACACCAGACGCGACGACCCACAAAACCAAACCAGCAACGAUCCACCAGAUGAUGAUCGACACCACGACGGUGUUUCCGCACAGGACUCUGGUUCUCCCAACCGGUACCCCAUCAGAAGUUCAAGAGGUGUGCCACCAGACAGGCUCAACUAUACCUAG